GGGCCACCAUACCUAUCCUAGAUUUCAACACUUUUUCCACAGUCCUAACUGACUCCAUACUGAUAAGAUAAUUAUUUAGCUGGGCUUUCAUCACAUUACCUGUAGCCGCUUAGGCUCAGCUUUUUCUGCUUUUUAGAGCAACUCCAAAUCCCAGCUGCUUUAUGUAAAUCACACACCUGCUGGCCACACCGUGAAAACACACACCAACACACUCCAAGUGCUGAGCAUCUGCUUCACUUGUAGCCUACCCAGCAGGAGCCGCCUGAAAAUUUGGGUGGAGGUGGGUGGGAGGAGGUUGGGUAGGUGGGGUACCGGGCUCUAGAGUGAUGCAGCCUUGAAUUUGAAGUCUGUAGAGACAACAUGAAGCUUCUUAUUAUUACAAGCCGUCAUACAGAUCCAAAGUCUGAAUCAGUGCCAACACCAAGCUGCACCUUUAAAAGAAAAAUACACCCUAAAACUAAAUUUACAUUUUGUUUCUACUCCACUGGACAACUCAGUUUGUAUAGAUUGGACCCUGUCUGUCCUAGGUAAACAGUAAAGUGACACAUUGCAGUGAUAUAAGACGGUUGAUGAUGGUGAUGAACACUGAUUCCAAUCUGAAAGCUCCGAAUUCAAAGACAUUUGGUUUGGAUUGAGAAUUUGAAAUUAUGUCCGAUUUUUAAGUCACCCAGAACGCAUCAGUGUUACAUCUUCUGUGUGCAGAAUGUUUCCAUUUCCAGAUUAGACAGGCUACACUUGUUGUCACUGACUAACAUUAUUGGAGAAGUGUUGUCAUCUUUUCCGUUUUAGGGUGGAUUUCCCUUCUAAACGCACGGACCAUGCCUUCAUGCGCUCCCAACAUCACAAUACGAGAGAGGGAGGAGAGAGAGCUGUUUACAUAGUGAGCCAGAGCUCAGAAUAACAGUCAUCCAGCUGCACCACCGGGACGACAGCUGUCUCCCACUACAACCAGUUUUUGUCCGUGAAACCGUCACCAAUUUACGCUUUACGCACAGUCAUGAUUUUGACGCACAGGUGAACUUCUUUCUCCUGAACGCGUCUCGAUCUGAACUCCACGAGGAAAAGUGUUGAGAAGACUGAAAGAAAGCUCAUCUCGUUUAUUCAAUAGACUCUCCCUCCUCACUCUUUUUAUUUUUUAUUUUUAUCCCAAGUGCUCGGAGCUGAACAGGUUAUCAGAGCCAUGUCCAGGAAGAAGGCAGUGAAAGGCAAAGGGAGCUCCAAGAGCCCCAAGGCGUCGCCGAGCAGCGGCAGAGAGGGCGGGAGGACGGGGAAAGGUCUCGCCGCCGCUGCCUCUCCGUCCUCUGGACUGGUUUAUCCAAGCAGACCGUCCCUCAGCAACAGCGGAGAGUUUUAUGACAUCGCCUUCAAGGUGAUGCUGGUCGGGGAUUCAGGCGUUGGGAAAACCUGUCUGCUGGUUCGUUUCAAAGAUGGAGCCUUUCUAGCCGGGAGCUUCAUCUCCACUGUGGGCAUUGACUUCAGGAAUAAAGUAAUGAGCAUUGACACUGUGAAGGUGAAACUGCAGAUUUGGGACACUGCUGGACAGGAGCGUUUCCGGAGCGUCACACACGCCUACUACCGCGACGCUAACGCUCUCCUGCUUCUCUAUGAUGUCACUAACAAAGCAUCCUUCGACAACAUCCGGGCAUGGUUGACAGAGAUCCACGAGUACGCCCAACAGGAUGUGGUCGUCAUGCUGCUGGGCAACAAGGCUGACUCCACACAUGACAGGGCGGUGAAGCGAGAGGAGGGAGAGAAACUGGCAAAGGAGUUUGGAGUGCCCUUCAUGGAGACGAGUGCUAAAUCUGGACUGAAUGUGGAGCUGGCCUUCACUGCAGUGGCCAAAGAACUGAAGCACAGGACCAUGAAGGAGCCUGAUGAGCCAAAGUUUCAGCUGAAGGAGUACGUCGACAAAGAAAUGAGGACUGUCGGCUGCUGCCGCUCGUAGACCACAUCCUAUGUGUGUGUAUGCGUGUGUGUGUGAGAGAUACAGAGAGAGAGAGAGAGAGAGAGAGAGAGAAAACAGGUACAUUCUAUAAGUAAAGUAAUAAAUCUGAGUCGGGCCGUCUGGGAAUGAUCAUGAAAUUCUCAGUGUUUGUAAUUUUCCUAUCAGUGGCGAUAAGGCCAAUAUACUCUCUCUCCCAGCCCACCUUUCCUCUGCAACUGUGAAUGUAAUAUAACUCCUGUCUACAUGCUUGCACAUACACAUGCAUGUACACACACAAACACACACACACACAUACGGCUAUGUUUGUACGUUUACUUGAAGGCUUGUUGGAUCCGUUUUAACAUAAGUGUGAUGUAUAUAUUUUAAAUGUCAUUUUAAUUCUGUGCUCCAAAAGCUUUGUAGUUUGUAAAUGCUCGUCUUGUAGAAACAAAAGAACAUGGACGCAAAAAUAUUGAAUAUUGAAUCAAUCAAUCUUGUUAAAGUCAUAGAAAUGAAUAGAUCUUAUGAAGACAUUUGUACAGAUACUACUAUUGCACCUGAUGUAAGCUGUCAAAUGGCACUGUGUGCUGUUUAUGUACAGGAUAUUGUAUGACUUUUUAAUACUUGUACUUGUGACUCUCAUUAGACUGACGUGUCUGUGAAAUUUAGGUUCUCGUAUCUUUUAUACGCAGAUUGUUGAGUUUGAGUAUAAUGCUGCUAUGUGAAGCAUUUUUACAUCAGCCUCAGUCAUUCCUAGACCAUAUUAUAAAUGUAAAAAACAAGAUCAUCAGCAAAGCGACUGAAGGCGUCCAUUGACCUCUACAGAAGUCCACUUAGGGUAAUAGCUAACGAAAACUCCUCUUAGAGUUUUCAACCACAUCUCGCUCUCUUCAUUGGCACAUGGAGCUGGUCUUCUGGUGAAAACCGGAUCACCUUCAUCAUGUUUAACAAUAAUUUAACAAUAUUGAUGUAUUUAAAGCUGGAGCUGGUCUUUUACAUAUAAAUGAACAUGCGUAACAUUCAAGCCCUUGGCGCACAAGUUCACACAAUACUUAUUAAGCCUAUCACUGUCAGGUAAAUCUCUCUGCAUUUUACAUCAACCAGCAUUGGUUUGCCACAGCUGAAAGGGCGAUCAGCCUUUUUGAUGGUGUAGAUUACAGCAAUAGGAGUAUGAUGGCAGGCAUACGUCAUAAGGUUGUUGACAGUGUCUGAAUAUUAACUUUCACUCGGAAAGGAAGGUGAAGACAAAAAGUUCCGCACUGUUAAACAUUCAACAGAUGAACUCCAUUGUCUGAAGACCAGAUGUGGUUUUAAGAUCCAGGUAAAGCUAGUAAGUGGACUUUGAGUUAAGUUUUUAUCCAAGUUGAAUAUUGCUAGUCGGAGAUAGAUGUUAUCUAUUAUUAUAUUAUUAUCACUUUUUAUAUGUAAACUAUACAGCAUAUCGUA